AUGACCUACCUUGUCGCCGCUGUGGCAGCGGCGCUUGGGAUUGCUUACCUAUGUGCUCGUCGCCGGAAUCAACUGCCGCUUCCACCUGGACCGAGGAAACUUCCUCUGGUCGGCAACCUCUUCGACAUGCCAUCCACUUAUGAGUGGAUCACAUACACCAAAUGGGCGAAGGAGCUGGAUACGGACAUCAUCCAUCUCGACGUGGUCGAGCAGUCGAUUGUCGUGCUGAGCUCGUAUGAGGCUUGUAUCGACUUGCUUGAAAGGCGCGCCAAGGUGUAUUCGAGCCGACCAACACUGACAAUGGCGAUCGAGCUCGUAGGCUUCGACUUCAGCGUCGCUUUCCAGCCAUACGGCACGUCUCUAUCUGACGGCUUGAUCGCAGGCGACAAAUGGCGCGCCCGCCGUCGCCUCAUCCACGGCGCACUCCACGAGACCGCCAUUAAGCGCUUCCGCCCUAUCGAGCUGCAAGCGACCCACGCUUUCCUUCGCGCUAUGCUCAACGCAGGAGAGGAUGGCCUCGAGCCGGAGCUUCGACACAUGGCCGCCUUCAUCGUCCUCGGCAUCACCUAUGGCCUCAACAUCCGCACGAAGGACGACCCGCACGUCCUCACGGCCGAAGCGGCGAUGCACAGCUUCUCUCUGACCUCGAAUCAGGGCGCGUAUCUGGUGAAUAGCGUACCGGCGCUGAAGUAUGUACCGGAGUGGGUUCCGGGCGCGGACUUCAAGCGCCAGGCUCGCGAGUGGAAGGCGGAGGCGCGAUAUAUGGUCGACAAGCCGUUUGAGGAGGUGAAGAACGAUGAGCUUGGCGAUUCGCCCUUCCCGACAUCCUUCACAGCGCUCGCAUUGGAGAAGGCGGUCGAGGAGGAUGUUAUCAAGGACGCGGCCGCGACUAUGUAUCAGGGUGGGACGGAUACGACCGUAUGCACCAUCCUCAACUUCGUCCUCGCCAUGCUCGACCACCCCGAGAUCAUGAAGCGCGCGCAAGAUGAACUCGACGCAGUCUUGAAGCCCGGUCAAUGGCCCGACUUUGACGACGAGGAGCGCUUGCCAUAUGUGACCGCUGUCGUGAAGGAGACGAUGCGGUAUAUGCCAGUGACGCCCUUGGCCCUCGCGCAUUGCUACUCCGGCGAGGAGCCUGACAUCUACAAAGAGUACACGAUCCCCAAGAACUCCGUUGUCAUACCGAAUAUCUGGGCGAUUGUCCACGACGAGGCUAGUACUCGAAUCAUCACUGUCUACCCCGACUCGUACACCUUCAGGCCGGAGAGGUUCCUCGAUGGCAACGGCAAGAUCGACCGCAACGUGCGCGACCCCGCCAACAUCAUCUUCGGAUUCGGUCGCCGUAUCUGCGCCGGGCGCAAGCUCGCAUACGCGUCCUCUUGGAUCACUAUCGCAUCCGUACUUCGCGUAUACGACAUCCAGAAGGUCAAGCGUGCGGAUGGAUCCGUCAUCGAACCAUCCAGGGAGUACAUCUCCGGCUUGAUAAGUCUCCCCAAGCCCUUCAAGUCCCUGUUUAUUCCUCGCAGCGCAGAGGCCGAAUCCAUGAUUCGCGCGACGGAGAGGUUCGAUUACUGA